UGCAAGGGAUACACUGAACUGCAUAUCAACGGCCCCUGUUCGACCAGAUUGUACCACUGAGCUAGAGGAGUUGGGUAAAGGGAUUGAAACGGUCAAAUAUUCUUGGUCAGAGUGUGGUAUUGCGCAAGAUCAUCAAUUUUUCAAAACCUAGGCAGACAAAGAUACACCUUGUCCUAAUCCAGCAAUAAACAGCAAUUGCUUUUUAAUACCUUUGACACAAAGAGUCUCAAAAUGUCUUAAGAUACCAAGUUUGACGUCAGGGUCAAGUGGGCUCAUGGAACAUGUUUGUUCAGAUACUGAGUGUAACUUGAAGUGCUACUUAAGUGCCAUCGGUGAUUGUUACAAAGAGGACAGACUUUUCAACAUGGACCCCAAAGUCAUUAAAGUUGUUGGCAGAGCGAUUUGUGACAACAGGCAAGGUAUAAUAUCACCUCUAAACCUAUGUCCUGUUAAUAAUCAGACAUGUGUAGAUGAAUUUAACAGCGCUUGGACAGAAGCUAGCGUGCAUCUUAUGAGCGGGGACUACACCGAAUUUAAAAGAAGCCUAUGCCGGGCUUCAAAAGACUUUAGAGCGUGUGUAGACGUUACAGUCACAAGCACGUGCAUAUCUUCCAUAGCAGAACAAGCAAGGAACAUAUAUCAGGUUGGAUAUAGCUAUGCUGCCUGUGGACCUCAAGACCACGCCUAUUUUACAAAAUAUGGUGGAGAUGUUGACUGUAUUACAUCCGCAAACUCACGUUUGAUGACAUCUUUUAUUGAAGUCAUGUUAUUCACUGUGAUUUUGAUGAUGUGGCUAUAAAUUACGCUGCUACAAUUUUGGCAUUUCACAUUGUUAUAAGCCAUGAUGUUUUUUAUGCCCCCGAAGGGAGGCAUAUUAGUUUUCAACUGUCCGUCCGUUAGUUAGUUAGUUAGUUAGUUAGUUCAUUCGUUCGUCACAACGUUAACUUUUUGCAUGAAGGCAGUUUACUCGCGAACUACUGCACCCAGGACCUUCAAACUUCACAUGCUGAUAGUACUUAUUGAGUAUACUACCUCUACUGACUUUGGGGUCACCAGAUUAAAGGUCAAGGUCACAGAGGCCAACGUUAACUUUUUGUAUGAAGGCACUUUACUCGCGAACCAUUGCACCAAGGACCUUCAAACUUCACAUACCGUUACUGACUUUGGGGUCACCAGGUCAAAGGUCAAGGUCACAGGGGCCAACGUUAACCUUUUGCAUGAAGGCAUUUUACUCGCGAACCAUUGCACCCAGGACCUUCAAUCUUCACAUGC